AAGUAAUGUCGUGGCCUAUAAAUCCAGUCCUCCUUAAUUCAUUUGUUAACUUGAUAGUCCUCCUGCUUCUUUAACCAACAAAGAAAAUUCAGGAAACUAAAAAGGAGUUGCAGUAAGGGAAAGAAACUGUUUGUCAGAGGAGAUGCUUGAAUCAACAAAACCGAGGAUGACUAGCAGCUUGGCUUCUCUAGCUUCUACGUCCGAGGAUGACUUUGUGGGGCUAGUAUGGGAAAAUGGUGAGCUUCUUAAGCGAGAUCGAUCAGGAAAAACUCAAAAGGGUCAUUCAUGCAUUGGGUGUAAUUUAUUCCCUUCCAAUGCUCAGGUGGAGAAUAGAGCAAACGUGCAUAUGAAGACAGCAAGGUCAGGGAAUGAGUCCUCAUUCUCAGAUUUCUUAGGUCACAAGAAUGGUGACUUGGACUUUACCAAUAACAAUUCUUCACAAAAUGGUUAUCAUCUUGACUCAUUCAGCGGAUUGUAUAAAUGCAAAUUGGAACAAAAUAACAGUAAGAGCAAAGACAAGCACCCCAAAGAUUCCCAAGUUGUUCUGAAACAUGACACUGCAAAUUUCAGACAUAGUAAUGCAUCUGAGUUUGUACUGAGGAAUUCCAAGCUUGCUACCUCCAGGAGUACUCAGCUUCAUCCACAUUCCUUGUUUUGCCAAGAAUCAGAUUCACUUGUAACAAUGGGUGGACUGCUCACAUCGACCUUGCCUGAGCAUGAUUCACUACCUGAUAAGAAAACUGGGACAGUGAAUGUCUCCUACUUAAGACCUGCAGCUCUUCCUACAGUUAAUAGUCAGUCCAGCAGUGUGUUCAGGCAGGCAAGCAGUCUGGUUUUAUCAAGAGCUGAGGAAUUGAAAGGCAGCAGUGAUGAGAGGCCUGCUCUAUUUAGUAGCAACCCCUUUGAGUCAACAGUGAUUGAACUAGGCAGUGGUUCAAAAACAGGUCUUCAGAAUCAACCAGAUGCAGAGCUAACAGCACCUAUUUCCAAGACCAAGGAGUCACUCCCUGAUGAGCACUCUGAAGCUUUUGGCCGUAGGAAUCAUAAAUCUCAUGACCAACUUCUAGGCCAAGCCUCAAGGUUAGCAGCAAAUACACCAGGCGAAAAACCCAAUAUCCAACAGUUUAUUGAGCCACUGGUUGCAUCUUCUUCAAUAUACUCACUUGGAGCUUCAAAUGAGCCAACAUAUUCUUUGAGGAGGACAUAUGAUGACACUGAGGAAUCCGCAUAUCGAAGUGAAGUAAUUAGAAAGAAUAUUGAAGAACCACAGACAAAACAGGCACCUGCUCGUGGAGGUACAGGUACCAAGAGAAGCCGAACUGCAGAAGUUCAUAAUUUUUCUGAAAGGAGGCGAAGAGAUAAAAUAAACAAAAAGAUGCGUGCAUUAAAAGAGAUCAUACCCAAUUGCAGUAAGGUGGGCAGAGUUUCAAUUCUUGACGAGGCCAUUGAGUAUACGAAAACCCUUCAGCUUCAACUAAAGAUUAUGUCAAUGGGGGCUGUUGUUUGUAUGCCUCCGAUGAUGUCACCUAUGCUGAUGCAACAUAUCAAUGCACCACAUUUGACACAUUUCUCCCCCAUGGGUGCUGGGAUGGGUAUGAGAAUGGGCACCAGAAUGGGUUUCAGCCCGACACAGUUCCCUACUUCACAAGUAGGAGCCACUGCUCUGCCUGGGAUCACAGGAACUGGUUUUCAAAUGCUUGGAAUUCCUGGCCAACCAUUUCCCAUGUCAGUUUCACAUGCACCCUUCAUUCCUUUGAUUGGUGGACCCUCUACACGAUCAUUUCCGGCAUCUGGUAUCUCUGGAGCUGCCCCCCCUGUGGAGUGUGCUUCCCUAACAAGUUCAAAGGAUUCCAUUCAGAACAUAAACUCAGAAUUGAUGAACAAUGCAAACACUGAAUGCUCAAAGAUCCAAACAUCAAGUCAGCUUGCCGCAACAAGUGUCCAAAAAAUCAUUUAUUGAAGAAGAGGAUGAAGAUAAGGGCCAUUCAAGAACAACCUUCAGCUUACUUGCAUUUUCUUAGUCAAGCCAAUCAUACAAAUGGUUCCUUAUGGUUGUGUGCCCUGAGGCACAGCGGAUUCCUUGAUGAUGACUAUUCAUACAGAGGGAACAAGGUCAUCAAGCUCUAUGAAUUUUAUCGGAUGGUUCCAAAGACGUAGGGCACUUUAACCACUCAUGACACAGGUUGUUUUCAGUUGAAACAAUGCUGGAAUGGUAACAAAUAUUUUUCAAAAGCAUGUGUUACAACUUGGAUUUGGCAAUUCUUUCCAAGAGGUUAUUGCUCAUUGACACCAUUACCAUGGGAUUGCAACCUUCCCUUCACUGCAGUGAAAAAAAUAUCCAAAGGUUUCAUGCCAACAUGAGAGCAUUUCGGAAUCGACACAAUAAACCUUUGAAGUACUUACCAGAGGCUUGCAGUGAGCAUAAAAGAGAUCACUUUUGCGAUAAUUCACGCGGAGGCAGCUUUUAUGCCCAUAAACAUUUCUGUAAAUGAACAAAAACUUGAAUGUAUUUUGCUUCAUUUGUUUUUGAAAGCUAGGUUUCUCUAAUAUAGUUGUAUUUGAUUGGUCCAGUAAAGAAUUUUGCUGAGAGGACAGAUAUACUUGCCUGUACCUCAUCAACACAGAAAGAAAAAUUAGGCAUCUCUGUCAUUCCACCUGUGCCAAAAGUUGAGUCCAUCUCAUAUACUUGUAAUUAGGUGCUCUAAUAGUUUUUGCUCUGCAGCUUCAUUCUCAAAUAUAUUGUGUUCAGCGAGAGCCCUUUUUUUUUACUAAUGGCAAUUGCAAAAAUGAGAUGUCACCCAAUAUCAAGAUUGGUUAGCUCAUUAACAUCCAUUGCAAGAUCAUGGGAGAAGGAACUUGGAUCUGCCACAUAUCGUUCAUCCUUCAUCUCCAACAAUAAACUCUUUAGAAUCUCUUGGAUUUUAAUUACCUGUGGAUGCAUUAUAU